AAGAAAAAAAACAUUAAAAUAUUUUUUUUUGGAAACUAGAACAAGGUGCUAACAAGCGCCAUAACUUUCUUUUUUCAAUUUUCAUUCAAAAGGAAAAGUCUUUAAUAUUUAACCAACGCCAUUAAUUUGAAAGAACAGGAAAAAAUUCUUCUGCGUUAAAUGAAUUCUUCGGUUACCACAUCCCAUUCAUCACCCAAUUGCUCUUCAUAUCUCUCCCUUUUUCCUUAAGAUUCAGUACAAAAUCACCUCUUCAAUCAAUUUUAGAUCCAAUACAUAAAAUGCGCAGCCGGGGAUCGGGUAACCGGCUAUCUGCUGCUACUGGUGGCGGUGGCUCGGCUUUCGGUUCUCGAGUUUCGGCUCUUUUACUGGCUAUGUUUGCAACUAUGGCCACGAUUUACGUCGCCGGCCGUCUUUGGCAGGAUGCAGAUAAUAGAUUGCAUUUAGUUGAAGAGAUUGAGAGAAGAACUGGCCAGGUUAAGUCUGCCGUAUCAGUUGAUGAUACCCUAAAAAUUAUAGGCUGCAGGGAGCAACAAAAGAAGUUAGCAGCAGUUGAGAUGGAUCUAGCUGCGGCUAGACAAGCAGGUUUUGUUUCAAAGCACAUAGCAAAGAAGGAUGAUAUAAAUCAUUCUAAGAAGAAGCUUUUGGCUUUUAUUGGAAUUAUUACUACAUUUGGCCGCAAGAGAAACAGAGAUGCAAUUCGCAAGGCAUGGAUGCCUAAAGGUGCAGCAGCCCUUAAAAAUCUUGAAGAUGAGAAGGGCAUUGUUUUACGAUUUGUCAUUGGAAGAAGUGCAAAUCGUGGAGACAGUUUGGACAGGGAGAUUGACAAUGAAAAUGGGCAGAGUAAUGACUUCAUUGUUCUUGAUGGACAAGUUGAGGCAAUUGAGGAGAAUUCUAAAAAGACAAAAUUGUUCUUUGUACAUGCUGUAGAGAACUGGAAUGCUGAGUUUUAUGUUAAGGUCAAUGAUGAUGUUUUUGUUAAUAUUGAUGCCCUGGGAGCAACACUUUCCACUCAUUUGAACAAGCCUCGAGCUUAUAUUGGGUGUAUGAAAUCAGGCGAAGUUUUCUCUGAGCCGAAUCACAAAUGGUAUGAACCAGACUGGUGGAAAUUUGGGGAUGGAAAAUCAUACUUCCGACAUGCCUCAGGUGAAAUCUAUGCCAUUUCACAGUCUUUAGCUCAGUUCAUUUCAAUUAACAGGCACAUUCUUCGGACAUAUGCGCAUGAUGAUGUCAGCACUGGAUCAUGGUUCAUUGGACUUGAUGUAGAGCACAUUGAUGAAGGGAAAUUUUGCUGCUCCUCAUGGUCAAGAGGAGCAAUAUGUGCAGCUGUGUGAUUAGGCUCACCGUAGUAAUUGACAUUCAUAAUCAGUAAGAGAGGGACUUCUUUCAUGCAUUAUUUCUAAUGCUUUCGACGUAUACACAUUAAGAUUCAUACAAAUUAAAAUGUGUUACGAGUUGAUUGCAGUGCCUCGAGGUUGGCAUUCUUGAUUUGUUAACCCCUGGCUCUGAAAAGCCCAUCAAGAUUUUGAGAAAGCAUUGGAUGCAGGCAACAUACUUCAACUUGAAGAAGAUUCUGUAAAACCAGUGAAGAGUUUUCUGUCCAUGGCAAUGUAUUAUAGCCAUGAGUCCCAAUUUUAUUCCUAGAUUUUUAUUAACUUCCUUUUCCUUGAGCACAAUUGAGAUUCUUUUUUCUUUCUGAAACAUAUGAUCAAAUGAUUAUCAUUUUGUUAAGACAUUGUUUUCUAUAAAUAGUAUAAUAUUCUUGACCUAA